AUGGCACGAAGGAGUUUACGGCAACAACAGGCCGGAUACUACGGAGAAGAUGGGACCCCCACUGUCUCCUACAAGGAGCCUUUGAAUCCAAAAGACAGCGUUUUCAACCACGUGAGGCUGCAGAUUGAGAACAACUGGGGAAACGCUCACCACACCUGUCUGUACAGUUUUAGGGUAAAAGGGUCUUCAGGAAAAGGAGGCGCCAUCAAUGCAAUCGCCACAACUUUCCUGUUGGGAGUGAACACCAUGAGUGAUGAAGGCACCUUUUUAGGAACACUGAUGUACGAUCAGGACGGUGCAGCGUUCCAGACCCUUAAAGUGAACAAUCCAAAAGACAGCGUUUUCGACCACGUGAGGCUCCAGGUUACACUCACACUUACCACACCUGUCUGGUCUUCAGGAAAAGGAGGCGCCCUCAUUGCGAUCGCCACAACUUUCCUGUUGGGAGUGAACACCAUGAGUGAUGAAGGCACCUUUUUAGGAACACUGACGUACGAUCAGGACGGCGCAGCGUUCCAGACCCUUAAAGUGAACAAUCCAAAAGACAGCGUUUUCAACCACGUGAGGCUGCAGGUUGAGAACAACUGGGGAAACGCUCACCACACCUGUCUGGAGUGUUACAGCCACCUGAAGCAACUGUUACUAAGGAAAGCAUUCAACACAACUUAUGGAGGAUAUUGGUCACAAAUUAGUUCUUCAGCCAUGCCACGAAGAAGUUUACGGCAACAACAGGCGGGAUACUAUGGAGAAGAUGGGACUCCCGCUGUCUCCUACAAGGAGCCUUUGGUCAGGGUCUUCAGGAAAAGGAGGCGCCCUCAUUGCGAUCGCCACAACUUUCCUGUUGCCAAUCAGGAUGUCUCACAAAAAGUCAACAUGGUAGCAGAUUUAAAGCUGCAGUUAAAAGAUGCGCAGCAGGAACUCUGGUCCUUCAGGAAAAGGAUGGACAUGUUUGCUCCCCUGGCAGAAACAGUCCCAAACUUUGCCCUAGCCUCACAAGUAUGGUCUGUAGAGCUUCAAAGCCAUGACUUUUUUUUUCUUCGUGACCCUUUCCUUAGAAAUUACUGUCAGCAAUACGUGAAAAAAAAAACACCAUUGGUCAGUUUCUUUGGUGUUGUUUUCCAGCUGUCAGCACAAACACCAUCACCAACAGUGUACUAG